AUGCAUGCUCUCAGCAAAAUAGUAUCGGCCACUACAGCCUUUACCGUUGUGGUAGAGGCUGCCAUGGGACCCGCGUUCAGCACUGGUCCUGUCGCGUCCGACUCAUUCAUCCGCGAAGCGACUUCCACCCUCACUCUCCCCAAGGCUCCCAGUGGCUCUUCUGGUGAUGCGUCUCUAUGGGUUGGCAUGGGAACCUCGAACGGGGAUCUUAUUCAGUCCAUUGCCGACAACUGGCAAUCUGACGAUUGGAGUAUCUAUGCCUACACGCUUCUGUCGACCGGGGAAAAUUCGCAGAUGCCCGUUCAGGGAGAGUCAUCCACAGCCGUCGCUGGCGACAAGGUGACGAUGCACUACAAAUUCGAUGAUUCAACCGGAAACUACACGCAGACUGUUCUCGUUAACGGCGAGUCUGUCUCUACUCUCUCCACCAGUGAUGGGCAGGCCCAGGGCUGGGGCAGUUCCGUGGAAUGUGCCGCGGAGGACUGUGGUACCAUGCCCGCCCAUACCUGGACUGAUACCAAGAUCAUUCUUGAUGUUGCCGACCCGAACUAUAUCAACACUAUGGGUAAGGGUGAGGGAGUUACCGGGGAGAUGUCAACCAGUGAUGGUGGAAAGACCUGGACUGUCACUACGAUCGAGAUUCCGGAAUUCUCUUUUUGA